CAGUAGCGUAGACGAUUUAAUGUUUUCAACAUUGCAAGUAGUACCGCGGAAACAUAUCAGCGCUUUUACGUAAGAGUAAUUAUUUGUUCAGGUCGCUAUAACAACUAUUGAAAACAAACCUGAUAAGAGACCUCUUAAAAGACGGAUUUUAGAUUCAAACUGCUGGAGAGAAUUUAAAUAGCUUAGAGUAUUUUGAUUCGCUUAUCAAAACAAAUAAUAGAGAACAAUUUUUCAGCGCUGUAUAUCAGUGUGUAUAUCUGAUCAUUUGUCAAGGAUUAUCGAAGUUUGCAACGAAUAACAAACAGCAAAAAUGAGCUCAGAUGUUGUUAAAGCGGACGUGGAAACUCCAAAAGAUACGAAGGCGGAUAAAGCUGCUAAGAACUUAAAGCCAACGAAAGGUAAAGAACUAACACCCGGCGCAGCAAGUACCAGUAAAACUCGGCCUUCAAGCACCGUCUCCGUUACUCAAUCGAUGGCUACGUCGUUUUCAAGACAAGACGGGCGACGCGUGCCCGAAAUUGCCACGGAGAACACAUUUAAAAUGGCACCCGAUCGUAAAUUUCCCGAGGGCGACGUCCGGUCGAUACUCAAGGAAAUUUUAACGGAGAGGCUGGCGGAAGCAAAGUAUGAUGCGGAUCAGUGCAGGCAACUUUCCAAGACAAUUUCUGACACGGUGAAAAACCGAGUGAAAGAUCUAGAUAUACAGCGUUACAAGAUUAUUUGUCUUGUACAUAUUGGACAGCUGGGAAAUCAAGCUCUGCGUAUUGGAAGUAGGUGUCUUUGGGAUACAAACUACGACACUUUUGCUUCAUUUGAAUUCGAAAACGGGUCGCUCUUUGCAACUGCUACGGUCUAUGGUGUUUAUUUUGAAUAAUGCAUUUUUAAGACACACAAGGAAAUAAUCAUAGACCAUUUUCUGUUCAUAAACCACGUUCGUUAAUUAUAGAGCAUGUUUCAAUGACCACCAAGAGUGGCGUAAAAAUUAGAUUUAAUAGCGUUUUUAAAACAUCUAUGUAUGUUUGGACCGAUUGUGUCAUUAAAUAUUUAAUAUAUUUAACUCCUACACGGUUUAUUUGAUUACCAACUAACGCUCUAAUGAAUUCUUUUAAUUCUAAUAAGUUUAUUUGGCUAACAAGUACUCGUGAAUAAAUUAAAGUUACCUGAGCGA